AAAAUUGGAUUUUUCAUGCUCAGGAAGCAGGAACAUCAACAGUUUUUCCAAGAAAGCCCAAAAAAUGUUUUAUCCUUAAAAAUGAAUUUUAACACUUUUCCCGCACUGUACAUUUUUCAAAAAUGUCACAACGCACGUCCAACGGAGAAAUUCCAUCCUACGAUCAAAAUCAUUUUUAAUGGGUGCUUUGACUGAAAAUUAGUGAUGUGUAGUUUUUGAGUUUUUUGAGGCAUUUCACCGGAAAUACUCUGAAAGAUUAGCUAAAAUAGGGCACAGGAGAGUUUGUCCAGGAUGAACUACAACGCCAAUGCUAGCGCCCGGCAGCGUAAGUUGGAAAAUUCCAGCGGUGUCCGGAAACCCAAGAGAGUUAGCGAUACGAAUGCAAUGGGUCCAGCUGCACCCCUACAGGGUGCUCCGCAGUUUAUGUCCACUCCACAGCAACCGUAUGGAAUGGCAACAAGUACACCCACGUAUGCUCCGCAGAAUCCUUCACCACAGCAGCAAUUCCAAAUGCCGCAGCAGCAGCAGCAGAAUUAUGGAUUUGACCAAAAUAUCAAUCAGAGCAAUUAUUCCCAGUACCCAGGAGGUAAUUUUGCGCCGGGUCAGCAGCCACAGGCACAGCAGAUGCCCUUUGGUGGGGCACCAGGAGGUCAACCGGGUGGUUUUCCGGGGCAAUUUUCCAUGUUGCAGCAACCAAUUGUCCAGGACAUGGCAAUGCAGUAUGGGCAGCGACUUGCAGAUCAGGGCAAGGAGUUGGUUAAUCGGGAAUUUGAAAAGUAUAUCCCGGUUACGCGGCUCAAGUACUACUUUGCCGUGGACAAUAGGUACGUCAUCAAUAAGCUGCGGCUCCUCUUCUUCCCCUUCACCCACACGGAUUGGUCGCUGAAGUACGACCAAGACAGCCCGGUGCAGCCGAGGUAUGACGUCAAUGCUCCGGAUCUCUACAUCCCAACCAUGGCCUACAUCACGUACAUUGUGCUUGCUGGACUCGCUCUGGGGAUGCAGGAUCGUUUCUCGCCGGAACAGCUGGGCAUCCUGGCAUCAAGCGCCUUGGCUUACAGCAUCUUUGAACUCAUCAUCUACUCUGUGACUCUCUACGUGGCCAACAUUUCGACAUCCCUCAAGACACUGGAUCUGCUCGCCUUCUCCGGCUACAAGUACACCAUCAUCAAUUUCUGCAUCCUCGUCAGUAUCCUCUUCCGCCGGUCCGGAUACUACGCUGCACUCGCCUACUGUAGCUUCUCCCUUGCCUUCUUUUUGCUACGCAACAUAAAGGCGAAGGUGCUGUCAAAUCCACAGACCGCUCCUGUGCCCGGGGGCUACGAUCCGUACGGGAAUCAACAGCAAUUCGACCAGACAUUGGGUCACAAAAGAAAACUCUAUUUUCUCCUCCUGGUUGCCGCCCUCCAGCCACUCCUGGCCUUCUGGCUAUCGUGGCAUCUCAUACCGAGUGUCACGCUGGAAGUUCAGUAGGAUUAAAGGAGUGGGAUAGAUCAAGGAUUUAUUAACUACUUAUAUUAUUUUUCACUCACAAUCUUCAGCAUCUUUUACUACCCAUUCUCCUUUGAGUUUUCUUUAUUUGUGCAAAUAUAUUGAGGAAAUACAUUGUAAAAUGAAGAGAAAA